CUCCCGGGUCUGGGGCUCUGCGUUCGUCCCGGGGGAUGUGGAGAGCUGGCAGCAUGUCGGCGGAGCUGGGAGUCGGGUUCGCGAUUCGGGCAGUGAACGAGCGCGUGCAGCAGGCGGUGGCGCGGCGGCCGCGGGUUUUCUGGAGGUUGGCUUAGUUGGAGCAGAAGGUAUCCACUACCCGGGAAAAUGACCAGUCCCCCAGCAGCGCGACCAUUGCCCGUCCCACCUCGUGUCGUGGCCAACAGCCUUAGCGGACAGGAGCAGCGCCAGUCCCGUGCCCAGAGGCUACAGGAGGAGACGUUUACUGCAGGAGCACCCAGAGGAGGCCAGAUCCCCAGAUCACGUGUGUGGCAGCGUCUGACUGCUAGAUCUCCCAGCCAUCCAGCCCCGACUAGUAGCAGUCAGCAAAACCAAACCUGCAGAUAUGGUGAUUGAAGCCUACAGUCAUGGCCAGCGCACUUUCGGGGAGAACUACGUUCAAGAACUGUUAGAAAAAGCAUCAAAUCCCAAAAUUCUGUCUUCGUGUCCUGAGAUCAAAUGGCACUUCAUUGGCCACCUACAGAAACAAAAUGUCAACAAAUUGAUGGCUGUGCCCAAUCUCUUCAUGCUGGAAACAGUGGAUUCUGUGAAGUUGGCAGACAAAGUGAACAGUUCGUGGCAGAAAAAAGGUUCUCCUGAAAGGUUAAAGGUUAUGGUGCAGGUUAACACCAGUGGAGAGGAGAGUAAACAUGGCCUUUUGCCUUCAGAGACAGUAGCCAUGGUGGAACACAUAAAUGCCAAGUGCCCCAGCCUGGAGUUCGUGGGGCUGAUGACCAUAGGAAGCUUUGGACAUGAUCUUAGUCAAGGACCAAACCCAGAUUUCCAGGCGUUACUGUCCCUCCGAGAGGAGCUGUGUAAAAAGCUCAACGUCCCCACUGAGCAGGUUGAGCUGAGUAUGGGCAUGUCCAUGGACUUCCAGCAUGCGAUUGAAGUAGGAUCUACGAAUGUCCGAAUAGGAAGCACCAUUUUUGGAGAGCGAGAUUACUCCAAGAAACCUGCCCUGGACAAGUCCCCGGCUGACCUGAAGGCCCCAGUGGAGGUGGCCCAGGCACACUGAGCCCAGGCACAGCCAGCCGUGGCUCGUGGCCCGUGGGCCUGUCCAGGAACACUAACUAUGCACUUACCUGGUCUCCAUUUUGGUAUUCCCCGUGUCACAGCACAGCCAUGCUCUCCUUGUGACCUGGAGAGAGCGCGCUAAUGAUUGUGGGUGUUGAUGGGAACUGUGUGUACUUGGGAUCUGUCAUAAGAAGCUCACUUCAGGUAGUGGCUUGGGAUUGGGUUUGAGAAAUCCAGACAUUUCUGCAAAACAGGUAUCAAAUCAGUAGCCAGGAAUCGAGUUCAGUAUUGAAUCCUGCCCAGGAGCACCAACCAACCCACAAAUGCCUUCCCCAGGUUAAAAUGUGGUCACUCAUGCCUAUAAUCACCAAAGUGAGAGGGAUUCCCAUUUGUCAUCCACGUUAAUGGAAAGUCCCUUCAUGCAGACCCCCUACUGAGUAAUCACCUUUGCUGCUCUGGGGCAAAGUGAUUUCUGCCCCCAGGUUUGACUCCACUCAGUAAAUAUUUGUCCCUACUCUGGAAUGACAGUGCAGGUAACUUCAGGAGCUGGCUCAAGGUAGUGCUGCAAACUCAAAUCACAUUGAUCAGAGGUUAUGUCAUUGGUUACCUUGGUGGUCCCUGUGGACCCUGAAAACUACAGGGGUAAAAUAAAGGGACUUGGGCCUUUCGAAUAUCCUCCUGAAGAGACAGGGCUCUCCUCAAUGAGAAUUAAAUGCUAUGAUUUGUUCUCCACUCUAAUCCUCUUAAUGGUGAUUUCUUAUCUCAAAGGCCAGUGACUCCUCAAUCUCUAGGCAGCCUCAAAGACCAGCCCCACAGUGAGUGUAGCUCCCCAGAAACUCCUUUAAGGCCAGUUCAGGCCCACAGUUCCAACAAGGCCUGGCUUUGAGGUUCCUGUUCCUGCAGAGCAUUUUCCGGGCACCUCUAAAGCCCUUCCUCGUCCCCACUGCCCUGCUAUAUAUAUAAGCCAGAAUUUGGCAACUUCUUGAUUGUUAAUAAAGUAGCAGCAAGGUCUUCAAACACCAGAAAGCACAAUUCUCAGAUAUCCAUAACAGAUGACUUCCGUCUGGGUGGUUUAUUUUCUAGAUGUUUUUUUCCUUAUUUAUUCAAGCCCCAGUCUUCAUUUUAUGAAAUAACUUUCAGAACAUGAUGCUGCUGCUGCUGAAUGUAAUUUUGUAAAACUUAAACCAUUAUGAUUCCUGCACUGUUUCAGUCAGAGCUAUAACAUGUCUCAGAGUCUAGUAAAUAAAAAUGUGAGUUUGAAUUAUACCAUCUGUGCCAAUUACAAAGCAAUUAAAAGAUUUAUUUUUUAUGA